AUGUUUGAUUGUUGGAUUUUGUUUUUUGUUUUUCAAGUGGACGAAGACGAUUUCUUUGAAGUUUCGUCAAUUUUGCAGUCUCACACACAAGAUGUCAAUAGUGAUCAUAUUUCACAUCAGUUGCUGGUCUCGUGCAGCUAUGACUGUUCGAUUCGUUUCUAUCGUUUUGAUGGUGAAGAUUGGAUAACGCAACAAAGCAUCAGUGAUGCACAUCAGUCCACCGUGUGGUCUGCUGAUUUCUCCGGGGAUGGCAAUUCUCUGGUCACUGUGGGUGCCGAUUCUGUUAUCAAAAUUUGGAGGCGACAAGAAACGGGUUCAGAAGCAUCAAAGAGCAAGUGGGUUUUGGCAAUAACUCAAGCAGUGAGCACGAAAUGGCCAUUUUAUGCAGUUUCCUGGAACAAAGUACACGAAAUGAUUGCCGUUGGAGGAGGUGAUGGAAAAGUUCGGUUCUAUCGCAUGGAGAAUGCGGCAGAGAAUUCAUGCUUGGAAGAAUGCUUGAGCAUGUUUAAAAUCGCGGCCGAGGUUAACUGUCUGAGUUGGAACCCAGUGGAAAGCAGUUUACUUGCAGCUGCAACAGAUGACGGUGAAAUUCACGUACUUCGGAUAGCUUUUUGA